UCCUGCAUUUUAAUACUGUCCCAAAUAUGUUAACUCCGUCUACAAUUCCACUCAACAUCACUGUGACGAUCGUAUCUGAUGUCAUUUUGAGCAUUCGUGUUGGCAUGUUUAUGAGCAGUGACGACGGCUGGUUAUGGUCCGAAGGUCUGUGCCUCGGAGGAGGAAUAUCUUGUGGGUGGAUUGAGAGGAAUGAAAAUAUAGCAAGCUAGAAUAAAUCAGGCAGGUGCCCUACGUGUACGUGCACAAGGACUACUGAAUACACUUCAAGUGUCAGCUGCUUUUGUGUGGAAGUUUAGCCAUUGAUCUCACGUCGUGCCAUGCGCGGCGCGAGAGAGGUAGUGUGAAAUGAGCCGACUUUGCCUCACUCGUCUCUCCAUCCACUCUCGUUCAUGAUCACGAAGGCCAAACGAUUCAGGCAGACACCUUUACUAUAAAAGAGUGUCUGCCUAGGGAUAACAUCAGUGGACCUGUCCGUGUUCUUGGUGAUAUGUGAAUGAUUUCACCACAUUAGUCAGACAGGAUGAUGGUGUGAGGUACAUGCACGAAAUGCACGCGGGAAGACUCAAGAUGAACGCAGGGCAUUAUGUAGCCUGAACCACACAACGCGGAGGAGGCCGGUGAAUUAUGCGUCUGUCUUCGCUGAUGUUUAUCAUUUUCCUAGCCAUAUUUUGUUCGCCAGCUACCGCUACAUACCGCAUCAUUUCUUUUGAGGAUUACUGUCCCCAGUCUGCAUGUACCAUCCUAGAGGAUCAGUCUGGAGAACUUCAAAUCAGUUUCUCUCAGCUCACGUCAUUUAGACAAUGUGCUCUAGUGUUCGCCGCUUCCCAUCACCACGAUCAUGUCUUCCUCAGUUUGGUUCCAGACCCGCUAGAAUGUCGUGGGUUCGCCCUGCAUAUUUAUGAUGGUAGGACAUAUGCCACCAAAUCAGAGCUCAGUGUUGGCGGCAUAUGUACUAACGUUAGUGCUUCCGCACCGAAAUUCAAGUACCGGUCUUUCAUGACAAGUGGUCGGGAAUUCAGCAUCGUGCUGGAAAGAAAAGUGAGCGUUGCAAGCAGAGGAAGCAGGGUUUCAUUCACGAUGUACUACAGGGCCUUCGACGAGGAAAGCAUCUUAAUACAAGAUAUUUGCCAUAUGUGCCAUGAGAACAAGACGAAUGAAUUGGGUAUGGAAGUGUGUGAGGGCCUAUUGCCCAACUGUACGGGUAUUACCCAAGUCAUCAAGGGCUCGUGUCUUGCUGCCGAUGAUGAAGCCAAGAGACGACGUGAGAGAACGGAGGCAUUCGGCAUUCUGAUGGCGGGGGCCGUCAUCUUCACCAUAAUCUUUGUAGCUCUACACUGUGGUGGAGAGAAUCACGCCAUCAAGGUACGGGCAGUAGCCCCUAUCGAGCCCGCUAGACACGCCCAGGCAUCCGCUAUCUUUGCCACUCGAGCAGGCACUGCAGGUCGAAGCAUGACAGGACCAAUAGUCCACGUGUAGUUAGGGAAAAUCCCUGGUGCUUCAUUAUUUUAUGUCUGUUUAAAUUGCCAAGCAAUUUAAAAUGCAAAGCAUUUUGGCUUUUCUUUUAAUGCCUUUCAAACAAAAUAAAUUGCAAUUGGUUUUGUAUUUUGUAUUUUUGUAUAGGCCUAUUUUAUAAAAGUGCGGCUUACAUAAUUUUGAUUAAUUUCAUUCCGAAACGACUCAACGACAAGAAAUAUACAAUUUUAUGGUUUGAAGUUUUUAUCAGAGCACUCAGUUCAGUUCUUCUAUGUGAGUAUAAUUUGUAUAAAAUAUCGUUAAAGACGCAGUCAUGUACACACGUUUGACCCAAUGUCUUGAUUUAGGUUUGUGGAAUUGUCUUAUCUCAGCGAAAUCUGUAAGCUGAGUGCACUGUGAAAUGCGUGGGUGUGAUUUGCAAUUAUGUAACCCAUCCAAGGAAGAUAACCUAUAAUUACACUAUUUCUGUGCUCAGUGGUAAAACAAUUUUAUUCAACAAUUUUCUCUGCUGACAAACUAUGGGAGAGUAUGUCAAACAUUGUGUUCGUCGUGCACUAGGGGUGCAUUAAAAAGAUAAUAUAAAUGUAUAUAAAUCAUUCCUUUAUCAAGUUGGCCACAAUACCGCGAUAUGGCUUUAAUUAAAUAAUUGAGAGAUAAAAAUGUGUUUAAAAUAAACACUUUUCACAGACAUGGGAGCUUAUUUUAGGCAUUUUGUUUCCCAUUCACGCCGUACAUUGCGAAUCUGGGAAAACGCGCACGUGGGAAGAGAUUUAGUAGCUAUGUGAAAUACAAAUGCGGAUGUGAACACACAUUCUUCCCACAAAUUUUCUGAUUCACAGUGUUAACUUUCAAUUACAAUGUGCUGUAUGUCACCUUUGCAAUUUACACAUUGUGGUGUGUAUUGUGAUGCACUGUCAUUUAUCCAAAAGACAAUGGAUAUUAAGCCGUCGCUGGCAACAUUAACUAAACAAUAUUUAGGCUGCUACAACUAGACAGCGCCCUCUUUGAUGACUAUACACGAGCAAGCCUAUAACACUUACUAAAUUAUUGAUAGAUUAGGAUGUUCCUUAGUCUAGUGGAUAGCACACACACCUUGCAAUCGCAUUCUCAACUAGGGUAGAUCCCCAACCAUCGUCCUUGAUGUUAUGAAAAACAUUCUUCUUUUGUUCAUUUUAAAUUGACUCCAACAUUUAAUUACAGAUUUUUACAUUUUUACUUCAAGUUACUGCGCAUGAGCCAGCAAAAUAUUUGAAUAAGUUUGCUGGCGACGGCUAAUUAUCCACUGCCCAUUCAAAAACUGGCAAAAGUCAUAGAAGUCCUGUACGCGGUCGUUGUAGUGCAUGAUGGAACAAAACGUGUAAUUGGCUGUUACAGUGGUUGCGUAACGAGGUCAUUGUGGAUGCACGCCAUGUGGUGACGCCGUUGUAAAUAUUAUGGCUCUUCACAAUUUCAAGAAAGUUACUGCCUUUUUUCCAGUUCGGCUAACACAGUAAUGCAAUAUAAUGUCAGUAUUAAACUGCGCCAUAAUUCAAAAGUUUGCUUUUAAAAAAGAAACACGGGAUAAAUCGAAAAAAGAAAAUAACCAAGCCAUAUUUAGCUCCUAGAAUUACACCCAUUUGGAAUAGGAAAGUACAUUUUGGGGAGUGAAGUCAUAUUUUGAACAAGAAAGAUUCCACAGGACGAUUGGUAUUAUCCAACGAAGGUGUGAGGUUAGCGUCUCUAAACAAAGAAAAAAAAAUACAGCGUAAGAGUACUUAGUUGUUUAUUGAAGAAAUAUCUUACCGCACUGGGACACCAAACAACCUUAAUGAAAGAGCAAGUAAUUUGUCCUUUUUUUAACAACAGCUAGCAACUUUCAGAUAUUUAAUAGAAAUUUUGACUCUGCUUUUUAAACCUAAGUCAUCUUCUAGCAAAAAACUGUAUCACGUGCGUUUCAGCACACUUGUCAUGGUUUUUAUUCUUUUUUUCAAUACCUACUGAGCGGGGUUUUUAUUUGUUAGAAAAAAUACGCAUUUAAAAGUAUUUUGAACUUAAUGGGAAAAUAUGAAUCAGUGAUAAUGCCAUUUGAUGGAUAGCAUUAUUAGCCCCUACUUCUCUGGUGGAUCAUUUUGAAAAGUUUUUUUAUGAGACAAAUUUUACUCGGACUCUUUAAUGUAUGAAACACAAGACACAAUCUUAUCUGUUUCUGGCCACAGCUUUUUAAAUUUAUUUUGGAACUUAAUUGCCAGAUACCGAAUUCGUUUGGGCAAGCAGGCAUCAGAAAUAUGGGCUAGACAGGUCCCAAACAUAUCAACCACACAAUUAAUGGACGCUCAGGUCCGAUGUACAUCAAUUUCCAUUUGGCACCCAGGCCAGUCAUUUUAAUUCAAAGGACACCCAGGCCUAAAAGCAAUCAUUCUAGAGUACAACCAUGGUUUGCAAUAUGCAAUUGAACACACAGCAUACCAGACCCCCAUGGGUACAUAAGAGGGAGCGGCUGACCUUUACAAUCAGUGUGUAAUACACAGAUCCGUAUGGGCAACAAUAUUCACUGUUAACAGUAACCAUAAUAAUAAUAAAUAUCAAAUCAUGUAUGUAUUAGUAGAUGGCUGUCUCCAAAUCCCGUUAGAAAACGCCAUUUCUUAUUAAUGAAACUCGCAAGGCAAGGCCGGGGCUGGGGUGGUGGUGGGCAAAUUGAACCAGCUUGCCUAGUUUGCUGUGACAGAAUGACCCAAGCAACGUACAUUCCUUCCUAAACUAGGAUUGUAUACAAUUAGUGCCUUGACCAUUUGCCUGAUUGGUCAAAACACUUGGCUGUGAUUGGCUAGCACUCUUGGCUGUGAUUGGUUAAAAGUCUUAACUGUGAUUGGUCGAAUCUAUGAAUAAUUAGUGCUAGAACCUCCACAGAAUCCCAACUUUGUGAAACCCUUAAUUUAAAACUACAAUAUAGAGGGGUAAAUUGAGUGUGGAAACAAUGCAAAUAUGCGCACAAUUAUGAUAUCUGCUUGAACACUGAAUAUAACCAGCCAGGACGGUUAACAUAAAAAUAAACUACUUUUAUUCCCAAUAAGCUCGUGAACUCAUGUUUAGCCAAGUAUAAAGUAUUCUGACAAAAUAUAUACAUUGUGACAGAAUUUCAUAUGUGAUAUGACCGGUUAUCAUCUCCCACCACCAGCUCCGUCUGAAGUAAUGUUGCUGGGCCAAUUCUGUUACUUCACUCCUCCUCAAACCAUUCACGGUACGCUAAUUUUCAGGGCACGCUAAUCUGUAAUAAUUCAGCCAUUGUCUCUGUGUCAACAUAGCUGUUGGGACUGAAUACAUGUCUGCCAUCGGCCAUUUAAAGCAAGUAUGUUAUUAGAUCUUUGCAAAUUAGAUCUCUAAAAUCUAUCACAGUCUUAACGAAAAACACUCCUUGCAGUAACGAUGCCUUUUCUUGCCAUAAGCUCAUAUCAAACAAUAUGCAUUUUUUCAGUUUUGGCAUUAGUGUUGACAACCGUUAAGAGCGUUUAUGUAUUUUGAAAAUAUGAUAAUUAUAACCUACUUCAACGUACAGAACUGCAGGUUCAGUUGUCAGUGAUUGUGUAUCUGAAUAUGACGUACGGUACGCUAAAAUCAAUCGAACGUCCUGGAUAAUGAGUGAAGUGACCAAUCCUUUUCAAGCUAGAUGUAGCAUAUUGAAACUUCAUCCCCGAGCUCCAGUAAUAAAUCAUGCACUGUCACUUUAAGUGAAGGACAACGACGCAACAAGUAGGUAGAGACGCCUCAGAGCUAGUUUGUGCGCGGUCGUGCGUCCUCCACACCCCUAUGCACAUUUCCAACACGGAGCUCGCUGUCAUACAAUUAAUCGAAUAGCCAACCUCACUCAUAUUCAUCAGUAAAUCUAACAGAGCAGACCACUUCGAAAACAAUAUACUGAGCAGUGGCCGUACAUUGUAGGCAGGUUAGAUCAUUAAGUCAACAAAUUAUUGUAAAGAAUGUAAAAUAGAGGAAAUGCACGAUAUAACGAUGUUCAGGGUCUUCCGAUGUUAUAAUAAUAAUGGUCACGUAACUUGAGUAAGAAAUGGUUGUUAUUGAACAGAUUCCUGGUGACUGAUCGCAAUUGAAAAAUUCCAAUCAGACUGACAAAGUACUAGGCUGCAAGAACUGGACUCUCUCAUUUCGAUCUACAUUGUGCAUAAAACAAAGAAAUAACGGUCGGUAGAUUUGGGGUCUUCACGCAUUAGCAAAAUUAAGUGUACAUGUGUACGUAAUCUGCAAUGACAGGUCUUACCCAACGUAUGACCUUAUUUAACCACUGAUUGCGCACGAAUUCUUAAUGUCAUCAUACAGUAUGUGUUUCUUGUUAUCAGUGGUCUUAGAAAAAAGAUGAAUAAACUAUGCUGUGGAUAAAUUCCAGUUACAUAAUUGAACCAGUAAGUUUACCUGUGCUUGUAAACUUCGAUUGUUACAGCAAAGAAUCUAAGAUGAUCGAGUAUUCUUGAAGUAAUUGCAGACGUAUGUUACCUUGCAGUUAGCCUACAUGUAUUGCAAAAUGCCCGAAACGUAAAAACAAACCCUAUAAUAAAAAGCAAGGAAGUUCAGUGCGUAUAAUGGUGAUUGUAAGAAUUGUGGUUUUUCGUCAGCGUAUUUUCUCUAAACCGCUCAAUACUAUUGGUUCAAUGUUUUUCCUUUUUCAGGACUUGGUCGCACAUUCGACGUCAACUUCUUGCAGAUUAGGGGUGGAAAAGUAACCGGAUAAACUUACACGUGCAGUGUACACAUUUACUGACUAACAACAAACUUCUACAAUUAUAAAGUAAAUCAAUAAAAGGCAUAUGUAUAAAAUGAGCAAGAAACAAUGGUAGUAACCUAAAUAAUCAGCAGCAAUUAUUUUGUUCUUCCCUAAAUGCAUGAAGAAAAUUGCAACCGAGAUAAAAAUGUCUCUACGAGAAUCA